AACAUUUAUGUCAGUGACUUGCAUCGGUUCUCCAUUUGUCAAAAACUUCUUCUGGUGCAGGUUUGAUCUAAGGCUUACAGGUCUUGUCUCUUUACAGGCAACGGAACAACUGACUUCCCUGAAUUCUUGACUAUAAUGGCAAGUGAAUUAGAAAACACAGAAGAGGGAAUCAUUGACGCAUUCCGUAAAUUUGACAAGGAUGGUGAUGGCUACAUUAGAGCUGAUGAGCUUCGUCUUGUUAUGAUGACCUUUGGUGAGCUAAUAACAGAUGAAGAGAUUGAUGAAAUGAUCAGGGAAGCAGAUAUUGAUGAAGUUGGUAAAGUAAAUUCCAAAGGCAACGGAACAACUGACUUCCCUGAAUUCUUGACUAUAAUGGCAAGUGAAUUGGAAAACCCAGACGAGGAUAUGAGAGAAGCAUUCCGUUCAUUUGACAAGGAUGGUGACGGCUACUUUGGUGCUGAUGAGCUUCGUCUUGUUAUGUCAACCCUUGCUGUGCAAGCAACAGAUGAAGAGGUUGAUAACAUGAUCAGGGAAGUAGAUAUUGAUGAAAAUGGUUUAAUAGCUUAUGAAGAAUUGAUUGGUCCAAUGAAAAACCUGCUUGAAAAAAAGAAAAAAGAACAUGAAAACGAACACACCACAUAUAAAAAUUGAGUUUGUACAAAUGAUGACGGCAAAGUGAAGACUGUGCAGAAUGUUUUAAAUUGCUUGUACAACGAUGUUCAUUUGCCUUUUUUUGCUUGUAACCUAAUAAAUGUUCCCCCCUAACUGUCAGA